AGGGGGUGGCAGAGUUAGAGAGAGAGAGAGAGAGAGGGGGCCACCACUGGAGAGAGAAAGAGGGAGAGGGAGAGAUCAAAGCAAAGGAAGAGACAGAGGAGGAGAGGCGACGAUGAGAGAUAGCAGCACUGCAGUGAGAGCGAGCGCCUUGCCUGCCUUUGCAACGAGUGUUUACUCCACUUUCCCUGAGAGCCGGUUAUCUUCCCUCUGCGUGAGUCAUGGAGGUGAUUUACUGUAGGUGAGUGGAGCAGCGAGGAGCGGCAGCAGAAAGCCACAGAUCUGUUUGUGAGUCUGCACCGUAGGGCAGGCCGUCUCAUUUUGUGAUUGAGGAUCCAUGCCAGCCCAGAGAGCAAACAGCAGAAACCUUCCUACUAACAGCAAACAAACUGACGACAUCAGCAGGCAGGCGUUUGAAACGGCACAGUGCUGAUGUAUGCAGAGAGGAGCAGACACACAACGCAGUGAGAGAGGCCAUCAUGAGGCUAAUGUGGAAGUCUGUGGACAAGAUGAGGUGCUUCAGGAAACGAUCCAUGCUCCCAUUCCUCGGCUUCCUCGUCACCUUUCUGCUCUUCUUCAACCUAUACAUGGAUGAUGGAUACGUGCUGGAGGCUGAGAAAAGACAGCUGGGAGAAACGCUGAUUCAUCCUCCAAACUCUGAAAGAUAUGUCCACACAUUCAGAGACUUGUCCAAUUUCUCUGGGACUAUUAAUGUGACAUAUCGCUACCUUGCAGGAAUUCCAUUGCCACGCAAAAAGUAUCUCACCAUUGGACUGUCAUCAGUCAAAAGAAAAAGAGGAAACUACCUUCUGGAGACCAUCAAAUCCAUCUUUGAUCAGUCCAGUUACGAGGAACUGAAAGAGAUUGUGGUUGUGGUUCAUCUGGCAGACUUUGAUCUGGUCUGGUGUGAGAACCUGGUACAGGAAAUCACCAGGAAGUUUGCUCACCACAUCAUAGCCGGACGCCUCCUGGUAAUCCAGGCCCCAGAGGAGUACUAUCCAUCUCUGGAUGGGCUGAAAAGGAACUACAACGACCCGGAGGACCGAGUCCGUUUCCGUUCUAAGCAGAACGUGGACUACGCUUUCCUCCUUAACUUCUGCACAAACCUCUCUCACUUCUACAUGAUGUUAGAGGACGAUGUACGCUGCUCCAGGAACUUCCUGACAGCGCUGAAGAAGGUGAUCACCUCCAGAGAAGGUUCCUACUGGGUGAUGCUGGAAUUCUCCAAGCUGGGCUACAUCGGAAAGCUGUACCACUCCAGAGACCUGCCUCGUCUGGCUCAUUUCCUCCUCAUGUUCUACCAGGAAAUGCCCUGUGACUGGCUUCUCAUCCACUUCAGGGGUCUGCUGGCCCAGAAGGAUGUGAUCCGAUUCAAGCCCUCACUGUUCCAACACAUGGGCUACUACUCCUCAUAUAAAGGAGCUGAGAACAAACUGAAGGAUGAUGACUUUGAGGAAGACUCCAUAGACAUUCCUGACAACCCCCCUGCCAGCCUUUGCACAAACAUCAAUGUCUUUGAAAACUACGACGCCACUAAGGCUUACAGUAGCAUCGUUGAUGAGUAUUUCUGGGGGAAACCUCCGUGCACAGGAGACUUCUUCAUCAUAAUCUUUAACAAAUCAACAAAAAUCAGCAGAAUUAAAAUUGUUACAGGUACAGAGGACCGACAAAAUGACAUUCUUCACCAUGGAGCUCUGGAAGUAGGCCAGAAGUCUGUGGAAACUAAACAGGGAAGACAGUGUAUGUCCUACAUCACACUGGGGGAGUUUAAAGCUGGAAACAUUGAGGUUAAUAAUGUGGACCACAAGAUCGGUUUUGACAUUGAGUGUGUACGAAUAGUCGUCACUGCCAGUCAGAAAGAAUGGCUCAUCAUAAGAACUAUCAGUUUAUGGACUGCACAACCUAUUAGUCAAUUAAUUAAGUAAAAAAAAAAAUGAAGUUUUUAAAUGAUUAUCUGUAUGUAGUGAUUUUGGAUGCAGAUGUAAUGAGUUCAUUUUGGACUUCUCCUGUUUAGUCAAUUCAGAUCAAUCCAUAUUUUCUUGGGUUGUUCAGAGAUCUGCUGUAUAUUUUCAUUGUGAUGUAUUGAAAUGAUCAAUGUGUAUAGUAUGGAGCCUUUCUACUUGUGUUCAUUUUCAGAAAAUCUGUACAUAAAAAUGUUCAUACUUGGC